ACGAAAAUCAAAUCAAAAGAUCGACAACGUUCGACGAGUGCAGAUCACCAGAGCUAAAUCAGCAGCAACACUAUACUCUGUAGUUAACUCGCAACGUCCGCAGAUUUUCACGUAACCACUCAAAGAUUUUCACGUGCGGUUCCCCAAUAACUAAACAAAUCGGCAGUUUGUUAAUAAACAAUAUAUGUUUUUAACCGUUCUUAAGUGUCAGUGACUCUUGGACACACGAACAAAAAAAAAAACCAAACACACACAAACGUGACUGUAUAAUCAGCCAAGAAACCCAACAACUGGUGGUGAUAAUAAAAGAACUUACAACAACAGCGUCGAGAACCAGUAUAAAGUUCAAUAUCGCGUUGAUUCAAAUUAAACAAAGGAGAAUCGACAGUAGCAGCAGCAACAAAAAACCAACUCGGUUUUGUCAUUUAAGUAUUUUUGGUCAAUACACGGCAUACGAAAUGGCAGCCUACUUGGAUCCCACUGGCCAGUACUAAAGAAGCUGUUGGAAACGAAGAAAAAGUCGCCAAAAAUCUUCAAAUCAUUUUUAAUAAAUCAAAAAUCUAAACCAUGGCCGCCUAUCUGGAUCCCACUGGUCAGUACUGAAGAAGGAGCAGCAGACAGAAGUAUAUAUUUUGAGUAACCUGCAAUAAGUAAUACAAAAAUACAAUCUUAAAAUGUCGCUCGACUUGGACCCCACUGGCACCUACUAGGCCAUUAACUCAAAAACCAAAUUUAGCCAAGCAAGUAGGGCUAAAUAUUGCAAAAGAAAAGCACAAACUCCACUGCAGAAACCUCUCAAAAUUCAAGCCUACAAAAUGCUGGAUCCCACAGGAACCUAUCGGCGACCCCGCGACUCGCAAGAAACCCGCCAAAAGAGGCGACAGGACUGCCUGGAUCCAACCGGGCAGUACUAGGAGACCAUCCCUGACUACAACAGCCCCAAAACGCCUUUGCCUUAUCCAAAAAUUCUGGGCAUGAUUGGGGGAGCGCGCUGGUUGCGCGUUCGUGGCCGCGAGGAGACUUCCAGCUGUCGGCGAAGGAGAAAGCU